AUGCGCUUGAGAGGCUUCUAUGACCACUCCACCCCCAUUAAUACCCUAGCACCGCACAUCACCCCCGUUACCCCUGUAUCACCGCACACCACCCCUCUCCUGCACCUCCUGGGCACCAGGUGGGCGGGGUCAUCUGUGGGCGGGGUCAUCUGUGAGGCGCAGUACUUCCAGAAUGUCAUGCGCGUGGGCUUCCAGCUGCGACAGGCCAUGGUAGCAGCAGUGUUCAGCAAGUCACUCCGGCUGAGUCACAGUGGGCGGCAGGGCUUCAGCACGGGGCGCAUCACCAACAUGAUGACCAACGACGCUGAGUCGCUGCAAAUGGUGUGUCAGCAGUUGCACGGCCUCUGGUCGGCGCCUCUCCGCAUCCUCGUCUGCAUCUUCCUGCUCUACCAACAGCUGGGGGUGGCAUCUGUGCUCGGCCUGCUAAUGCUGCUCCUCAUGAUCCUCGCCCAGGCAAUGAUAGUGAAUUGGGUGCAGAAGCUGGUGAAAGCAUCACUGCAGCGCAGCGACAAGCGAGUGGCGCUCAUGAGCGAGGCGGUGAUAGUGAACAGGGUGCAGAAGCUGGUGAAGGCAUCACUGCAGCGCAGCGACAAGCGAGUGGCGCUCAUGAGCGAGAUGCUGGCAGCCAUGGAUGUGGUCAAGUUGUACACGUGGGAGGGGAGCUUUCAGAGCAAGGUGGCACGCAUUCGAGCGGACGAGAUGGGGCGCAAUACAUCAUGGCGGUGGGUUGUGUGCGGUGUGAUAGAGGGUGAGAUGGGACAGAUGGCGCAAUACAUCAUGGCGAUCAACUUCCUGCUGAUGAGUGUGUUGCCAGUGCUGGUGACGGUGGUGUCGUUCGGCUGCUACUCGCUGUUAGGCCACCAGCUCACAGCCGCCAAGGCCUUCACCUCCAUCUCCCUCUUCGCUGUGCUGCACUACCCCCUCCACAUGUUCCCCAGCCUCAUCACCCAAGUGAGUGCUCAGCUCAUUGCUAUGCGAGUCUCUGGUUCCGCCCCCCCCCCCCUCCACAUGUUCCCCAGCCUCAUCACCCAAGUCAGUGUUCCACCUCUUACUAGUGCAAACUUCUGUGUCUGGGUACUGUCUUGUCUGGUCCCCAACCUCAUCACCCCUCCAGAGGUGGUGAACGUGAACGUGUCUCUCACGCGCCUGCAGGAGAUGCUACUGGCAGACGAAACGGACAUUGACGCCCCUGCGCCGCCCAUCGACCCCGCCAAGCCGGCAGUCGAGGUCUCCCAUGCCUCCUUCGCCUGGAGCGCUGCUCCCUCUGCUAACGGUGCUCCCACUGCUGCCGCUAACAGGGCUCCCACUGCUGCUGCUGCCAACGGUGCUGCUGGGGGAGGGGCAGGAGGAGGAGGAGAAGGCAAGGAGAAGGGUGGAGUGGGGGGGGAGGGGAAGGAGAAGGACGUGGGGGGCACUCUAACGGAUGUGACUCUAUCGGUGGAGCCUGGGAAGCUGGUGGCCAUUGUGGGCGCUACAGGGCAAGGCAAGUCGUCGCUGGUCAGUGCGCUGUUGGGCGAGAUGCCCAUGGUGGCAGGGGACUCUCCUCCAAUCAUCAGAGGCCUCGUGGCCUAUGUCUCCUGGAUUUUCAACGCUACACUGCGCGACAACAUUUUGUUCGGGCUGCCCUAUGACAAGCAGCGGUACGAGCGGGCAGUCCAAGUCAGCGCCCUGGAGAGAGACCUGGAGCUGCUGCCAGGGGGCGACCUGACGGAGAUAGGCGAGAGGGGAGUGAACGUGAGUGGCGGGCAGAAGCAGCGCAUCAGCAUUGCGAGAGCGGUCUAUUCUGAUGCCGAUGUCUUCUUCUUCGAUGAUCCGCUCUCCGCCCUCGACGCCCACGUCGCCAAGCAGGGCCCUCAACCACCAGCUCAAGUCCUCUACCUCUCCUCCCCGCUCUCCCUCCCCCGCAUUGACUGGUUGGUGGUGGUGGAGAGGGGGUGGAUAGCAGAGCAGGAGCUGUCCCUGCAUCUCCAUCCUCCUCAAUCCCUCUUCUUCACUCCCCCCGCCCUCCCACUCCCCUCGUCCCCCCAUGAACCCUCGUCCCUCCUUUCAGCGGUGGACUGGGUGGUGAUGGUGGAGGGGGGGCGCAUAGCAGAGCAGGGGCCGUACGCGCAGCUGAAGGCGUCGGCACCCAAGUUCCAGCGGCUGCUGGAGAAGGCAGGCGCGCUGGAGGAGCACGGGGACGCGGAGGUGGGAGGAGAGGGAGCGGAAAAAGCCGGUGGGAGUGAGACAAGCGCUGAAGCUGCAGCUGCUGCUGCAAUGUCUGGCAGCAGCAGCAACAGUGGUGGUGGUGGCAGUGGCGGGGGUUCUGCUGCUGCAGAGAACGGCUUUUCUAGCAGCAGAAACCAGGUUGGGGAGAAGAGCGGAGCAGGGAAGGGGGAGAAGAGCAGAGCAGCAGGAGGAACAACUCUAGUGCAGGUGGAGGAUAAGGCGCAGGGGGUGGUGAGCGCGGCGGUGGUGUGGCGGUAUGUGAGGGCCAUGGGGGGAACUGGCGUGCUGGCGGUGCUCAUCUCGCUCUACGUGCUCGUGGAGGCCGCCAGGGUGCUGGCCAGCGUGUGGAUCAGCGUGUGGACCGGGUCCGUGUCUCCCGGUGGCCAAGGGUCGCUGUACUUUGUGGCAGUCUACUCGCUCAUCUCGCUGGGUGAAGUGCUGCUCACCUUUGCCAACCAAUACUUCCUCGUGAGUAACGGGCCAUGGGCCGGCUGA